AUGGGAACUUGGAUUGGUCACAUUGCGCCUGGCGUAUUCUUUAUUUUAUUUGCUUUGUGGUGGCAUAUAAAUAAUUGCAUACGUUAUAUGCGAUCACUGGCUAGUGAAACGGGUAGAGAAACAUUACCGAAAAAAGUAACGUUUCUAGGAUCAACAACGUAUCCAUGUGCAUGUUUACCGGGUAAAACUUUUCGACAAGUACCAGCAGAAAGUAUUUUAAAAAUUCUCAUAACAUCCAUUCAUUUUGCCAUUGAACUUAUAACCGGCUACUCCAGAGAUCCAAGACCUCAUAUUGGCGAUGAAAAUGCUCAUCAUACAGCUAUGCUUUUUGGCUUUUUUCUUGGUGCUUGGAUUGAAAUACUUGUUCAUUAUAGAUUUGCAUUACCAAAACGUAUAACACAAUUUAUGGGUUUCUUAGCUUUUUCUAUGGAAGGUUUAAUGAUGGUAUUUCAUUUGCAUGCUCGAAGUAUGGUUGAUGCUCAUAUGCAUCAACUACUGGCCUUGACAAUAGUCUGUUCAAUGAUAGGAGCUUUGUGUGAAUGUUUUGAUCCAAAUAAUUUUUGGUUUAUUGUUGGCCGAAGUUUUUUUGCUUUAACACAAGGCACUUGGUUCAUUCAAGCAGCCUAUGUCAUAUGGCCAGCAACAACAAAUCCGUUGUUUGUUUGGGAUCCGGAAUCUCAUCGAUCAGUUUCAUUAUUAACAAUGUCAUAUGCAUAUCAUUUAGCGGGUAAUGCUUUUAUAUUAAUAAUUGUUUAUUUAUUAGUGCACAUGCGCAUUAAACCACGUAUAGAAUCAGAUACUGAUGAAGUCCAUGAUGACGAGACAUUUUCGGGCUAUAAAUUGAUUCUAAAUACACAUGAUGAAGAAAAUCAUGUGUGA